AGGUGAUGCUGGAGAACUACAGCAGCCUGGCCUCACUGGGUGGAAGUCAGAUCUCUGCGACGUUGAAAGGAUGUUUGUUCUCUGGUACCUUUUAUGCUCUCUUCUCUUCUCUUUGCCCUUCCUUGCACCCUGCUCUCAGUCAGUUUAGAGUCUGAAAUUCAUAGAAGACAUUCAGAUGUUAUUAGAAACUGUACAGGGGUACCCUGUCUCAGGAUGUUCAUUUCUAGACCACAUAUUAAUUUUGAAGUGGCCCUUGUUUCUUGCCCCAUGCCCUAAUCUUCAUUGCCCCUUGGGGAGUGACUCCACUGUGUGCCCCACCCUCCAUGACUGACAUCUCUGCCUUUGAGUGCAGGAGCAGGGAUCCAGGCUUCAGUACCUCGGGUGAUUGGCAAACUGCAAAGAGGACAAGAUCCCUGCAUGGACAGAGAAGACCCUGAAGACAGCUGCCUAGAUUUCCAGAUCUGGCCAGAGGUAGAAGCAUUGCCUACCAAACAAGACAUUUUCAUUGAAGAACCAUCUCAUGGGCUAAUAAAGCAUGAGUCCACUGAGGGUGCUUACUGGAAGACCAACUUUAGAGAAGUUGUGAAAUCUGAGAGCCUAAUAGCACAGGAGCAAGAAAAGAAAGUUCAUGAGCAGGGGGCAGCUUCACCCAAGGAAACUGUCAGUGAAGAUGGAAAUCCCACAGGCCCUGAGCUAGGCAAACCCUUGUUUAUAAAUAAAGCACUUGUCUCACAAGAGAGUGAUCCCUUAGAAAGGGUACCUGGUAUGGAUCGCACUUUGGAGAAAGAUUUACCACAGGAUUUUGAUUUCAUGAGAAGCUUCCAGAUUUACCCAGGACAAAAACCUUAUGUCUGCAGUGAGUGUGGGAAGGGUUUUAGCCAGAGUCUUCAUCUCCUUGAACACCACAGGAUUCACACUGGGGAGAAACCGUAUACAUGUAAUGAGUGUGGGAAAAGCUUCAGCCAUAGGUCUUCUCUCCUGGCUCACCAGAGAACGCACACUGGAGAGAAGCCAUACAAAUGCAGUGAGUGUGAGAAAGCUUUCGGCAGCAGUUCCACACUCAUCAAACACCUGAGGGUGCACACUGGAGAGAAACCUUACCGAUGUCGAGAAUGUGGGAAAGCCUUCAGUCAGUGUUCAACCCUCACUGUGCACCAGAGGAUUCACACCGGGGAGAAGCUCUACAAAUGUGCCGAGUGUGACAAGGCCUUUAAUUGCAGAGCAAAGCUUCACAGACAUCAGAGAAUCCACACAGGUGAGAAACCCUAUAAAUGUGCUGAGUGUGGGAAGGGCUAUAGUCAGUUCCCAUCCCUAGCUGAACAUCAGAGACUCCAUACUGGAGAACAGCUUUGCCAGUGCUUACAGUGUGGGAGAACCUUUACACGUGUCUCCACCCUUAUCGAACAUCAGAGAAUUCAUACUGGACAGAAACCAUAUCAAUGCACCGAAUGUGGGAAGACCUUCAACCAGUAUUCAUCCUUCAAUGAACAUCGGAAGAUUCAUACUGGGGAGAAACUUUACACAUGUGAAGAAUGUGGGAAAGCCUUUGGCUGUAAAUCAAACCUUUAUCGGCAUCAGAGGAUCCAUACUGGAGAGAAACCCUAUCAGUGUAAUCAGUGUGGAAAGGCCUUCAGCCAGUAUUCAUUCCUAACUGAACAUGAGCGAAUCCAUACUGGAGAGAAGCUCUACAAGUGUAUGGAAUGUGGGAAAGCCUAUAGUUACAGGUCAAACCUUUGUAGACACAAAAAAGUCCACCUUAAAGAAAAGCUCUAUAAAUGGAAAGAAUACGGGGCACCUUUUAUCUAUGGCUCAUCCCUUACUCCAUAUCAGAAAUUUCUGCGAGGAGACAAGCCUGAGAAUUUUAAUUCAUCCCCCUAAUCCAAGACAGCAACCAGAAGAGCAGUAACUAGAGUUCAAACCAAAAUAGAUUUCAUCUUUUUUACUUGUACAAAAAAUAGUUACUACUAAGUCAUGGACAGUAAAUAGUGAAAAUACAAAGAAUGGUGAUGUCAACCAUUUAAGAACUAUUACAAAAAUUUUUUAAAAAUCUAUUACUUUUUAAAUUCAUAGAAAAAGUAUGAAAGGCCUCAUUUAAAAACCAAAAUACAUGAGUAACUGUUGCGUAUAAGCAUUGUGUCAUGAGAUAGUCAUCUCUUUCUAAGAGCUUCUGUGUAUGACUUUUCUUUUCAAUAUAGUCUCUGAAAUAGUUGAUGAUGUGGAGAAUUUUGGGGCCUCAGUCCCUAAAAUGGGGAGCUGGUAUAGAGAAAACUCCUUUUCAUAAAGAGCCACUACAGAGGAAAAGAAUAAUUUGCUGUGUAACAACAAUAACGCUCUUUAUGAAGUGCCCCUUAUACAACAUAUAUGUGAGGAUAUACACACAUAUGACUCUUGUGUAUAUAUGGUCAUGCCACUCAACAGUGGGGAUACAGUUUGAAAAUGCUUCAUUGGGCAGUUUCAUGUUUUAUAGGAACAUCAUUGCACUUGCACAACCCUAGCUAGCCUGGGUCAGCCAAUCAGUGUGAUCUCUUGAGGUGAUGAACAUACCAUACUUAAAAAAAAAAAUGUUGAGAUUAUAAUUUAAUUACAACAUUUAUCCUUUCCAUUCCCCCUCCAAGCCUCCUAUAUCCCUCCCCUACUCCUUCAGAUGUAUGGCCUCUUUUCUCACUAAUUGUUAUGCAUGCAUACAUCCAUACUUUUUUACAGUAAUUUUUUUUAUUAGUUUGCUUGUUUAUUUUAGAUAGGGUCUCAC